AUGUGGAGCACAAACGAAAGACUUCUGAAGGAAUCGGAAAGUAAAAGAGUACCAAGAGAGAGAAAUAGCGGGCCAAAAAGUGUGUACAUCCCUGAGGCCUCGGUGUACGAUGACCAGCCAGUUCUGGGCGGGCCACGGGUCUCUACUGUUCAGCAAAAAGCUCUUACAGUAUUUGGAUACUCUCCCUCGAAUUUAGAGUGCGUGCUGCGCCAAUUCAAAAGCGUAGGGGAAAUAAAGGAAAUAAGCUACGGAAAAAACUGGAUGGACAUAAAAUAUGAGAAAGAAAAGUGCAUGAUGCAGGCCCUCCAGAUGAGCAGCCAAAUAAUAAACGGGGAGAUGAUUGGGGUAGCACAAAGAGCCAGAAAGAACAUAGACAUAGGGAGUAUAGAGAAAAGUGCUCUUUUUUUGAAGAAGGACGAUGGAUUGCUAGGAAGAAUUUGCAGGUAUUUAUUUGGAUAG